UUAUCGUUGAAGGCAUCGUCCAUACGGUACAAGUGCUGGCAUUUCUUCCAUUUGUUUUUCACCUCCUGCAAGGUCCUCUUCUCGUAGGAGACCUGGUUGACUUCCUUGGUCACCUCCGACCAGACCUUGUGCCUGGCGCUCUUGUUAACGGCCUUUUUGGCGUACGUGCCGUACAGGGUGUCGUAAUUCUCGCGCACCGCUCGCACGAUAGUCUCGAUUUCCUCCUGGGAAAAAUUGCUCUUUCGCUGUUUCUUCGGACUCUCGGCCAUCUUUUAGCACCGCCGCGCGUUUUCUAUCGUCGAAUCGUGGAAAAUCGAUUUGAUUCGACGAUGUUUUCGACGUGCGACACUAAUAAAACCUCGGCGUCGUAAAUUGGCCCGAUGCGAAUGUGUAAAAAUUUUUUUGUUGCGGUGCUAGCGUAGCCCCGUUUCUGUUUAUCAAGUGCGCUGUGAACGAGCGAGAGGUCAGAAGUCCUCAAACGAUACUUGCUGUCUAAUUGAUAAUAUUUUGGUAGUUAUCGAUUUAUUCUGCCGGUUAGCAAGUUCCAUAUUAUCGUUAGGUAAUUUCCACAUUCGUUUUUCGCCCAGAAAUUAAUGUUGUUACUUUAGCAUUGGAAUUAAUCAAAAUUUGUCGAGUUUGGUGAUUUUUUGGUAGAGCUGGCAACGUUUCCAGAGAGUGAAAUUGGUGCUUUACUCACCACUGUUGCCAGAUGGUACAAUAUCUACGCAGUAUCUCAAAAAGAACUUGUGUCUUUUAUUUGCGAAAUAUUUUUUCUUUACGACUUUUUCAUUUAUUUCAAUAAAUGGUGACAGUAAAUUGAAAAUUUCGAAAACAUGCAGUGUGGCUUAGGUUUCAUAACUAUUCGAUACAAUUCCACAAAUAAACAUACAUGUUUUCUAACUGUUACAAUAUUGAACAAAUAUUACAUAAAUAAAGUAUAAAAAAAUAAAUGGGAUUUACCACGAAUUUCGAUUUGAACAGUUGGUAGUACGUGAAGUCGAAAAAUUAGGUUGGUCACAUUCUGACAAUUGACAAAAUAAAAUGUCAAUUUUGUUAUAACCUUAAAUGUACACUAAAUAAUUAUUGUAAAAAAAUUAAAAAUAAAUUUGAACAAUGGCAGAAACUUUACCUUCUGCCAUUGAACAAGAAUUAUUAGGUAUAAAACAUCUCCUUUGGGGCAACGAAAUCAAACUAGAUAUUUUUAAAAGAUGGUCGCAAGGUUUUUAUUUUAGUUCGAACGAGAAAAGCGCUUUGGAACAAACGGAGGGCGGGCCGUGUGCCAUAAUAGCCCCCGUGGAAGCCUUCAUUAUCAAAAGCCUACUUUUAGAGUACAAAGAUUUAUCUUUCAGAGAUUCGAUAAAUCUAGAAAUUCAAAAUCGAGUUUUAGUAACGGCUCUCUGUGAAAUACUUGGACAAUGCAACGCCAGAAAGUAUUAUAUAGUGUAUUUAGACAGUGAUAAUAGUGAACCGAUUAGCGAAGCUGAGGUAACAGGACCAAGCAUUCAAAGCAUCAAUACCGUACAAGCCGUGGAUCCGGCUAAAUUUCACGAGAAACUAAAAGUACACAGCUUUCAGUGCCUAGAUGACGUUAAUAAAUAUUAUAUGGAAAAUACAUCAAAUCUAAAAGCACAGUACGGCAUUUUGUUGUUCUUAUACACUGUGAUAGCUUCAAAGGGUUUAGAAAGAGUCAAAGCGGAUUCCGAUACUCAAGACCCACUAAUCGACGAAACGUACGGUUACGGUAGCCAAAGCCUUAUUAAUUUGUUCAUUACGGGACGAGCAACAACGUACGUUUGGGAUCACUACGAGGACGUAGGAGGACUUAAAUUGAAAGGUAUCGAGAAGCAGAGUCAAAUAGGCUUUAUAACGGUCAUGGAGUACCACAGGUACUGUACUGUCGGUUCGUUUUACAAGAAUCCCAUGCAUCCCGUUUGGGUGGUGGCGUCAGAUACGCACUUAACAGUCAUUUUUAGCGACGAACGCAAACUGGUGAGUCCAGAAACUAAGAGCGAACAAGCCAGGAGGGUGUUCAAGAGCUUCGAUCCGCACGGAAACAAUUUUAUCAGUUCCGAUAAGCUACAAGACGUUCUUAAGAAUUUAGACCUUGUAAGCGAACUGGAAUACGUGAAUAUAAUGAAGAAAAAAUUAGAUAACGAAAACCUUGGUAUAAUCCUCUUAAAUGCCUUUAUGGACGAAUUUUUCCCCAAAGAAGAGUCUUCGACGCCCGAUAUGUUUACUCUCGGUCAUUACAAUGGGCUAGCGAGAAGUAACAUCAACGGACACGUUCAAUAUCACGUCGGUUCGGCUAUAUUGUUGGAGUCUGAUAUAAAGUCGGUUUGCGAGUCCAAUCCGAUGUUGACAGUCCUCCAAACGAAGUGGCCAAAUAUCGAGGUAAAUUGGUGUGAUAACAUCACGCCGUCGCUUAACUAAAAAAAAAAAAAAAAUAACGAAAAAGGUCUCCGUUGUAUUUCCCCUAAAGAUGUGCAUUUAUAUACAAGUAAUUGAACUCGUUAAUGCAGGUGAAUAAAUUUUUAUUUUGCAUAAUCCUACGGACUUAACGUUUUAUUUUAUUUUGUCAAGAUUUUUUAUUCAAUUCGACUUUGGUAGUUUUAGAAAUCGAUAUUAAAAUCGUAUACAUACAUAACUUGCGUGUACCUGAGACAGGGACGAUAAAAUCGUAAUUUGAAUAAAGAAUUUUAACAUUGUCGAUGUUAUAUUUUAUUUCUAAUAUACGGAUAGAAACAGUGACAGUAGCUACUUUUUUAACUGAUUUUUAACAAAAUCUAAUUGGAUUUAUUUCUUUUGUUCAAUUAUAGAAUUCUUAAUGAACUUGUCUUUUGAGAUAUAACAAACCUGAUCCAUUUGAGAGUGUUUAAUGAACAACGUAGCCUUUGCGAAGACAAUUCUCGAUAGGCUUUUAUUUGUAUUUUAUACAGUGAUUUUUGGAUCUUGUUCAGAAUCGUCUCCGCAAAUAAAGCCACUGUGAAGGAAUUACCAGUUCAAUGUAAUGGAAACUUAAAAAUUUAGGUUUUGAAUAAUGAGUUCUUAAAUUUUGUUCAACUUUGUAUUUGAUUCUCCAAACAAUUUUAAUACAGUAAGCGGUAUACUGCCGAGCUGAAAAUCUCAAAUUUUUGUCGGUAAAAAAAGAUGGUGUAAACUUUGAAGUAGUUAUACUCGUACAAUUGAUAUUUGAAAAUGUUACGCCCAUCUGAAAAAAAAUAUUGAGAUUUUGGCUCUAAAUUUCAUAUUGUCUACUUCAGACUAUUUUUAUAUUGCAUAUAGCAUAUGGCUGUCGACUAUACACAAAUUAAAUAGUAAAUUAGAGCUAGAUAAAGAAUGUUGUUCUUCCAAAACCUAGGUGUAACAAUGAGUGCAAAACUGAUUUGAAACAUUUAUGAUCAGCCAAGUCGUUUUUGAGAACAAUUUUAUAUCGUGCCCUUACGUCAAACAUUAACAAUGAAUAUUUAUAAAAAUAUAUUCAACAAUAAUGCUUAUAGUUACGCUAAAAUUAUUCUGAAACUAUAGAAUAUUUCAUGGCUAAAUGACCCUCACUAUUGUAAAGCUUUUUGAAUUCAAUCAGCUUGCAAAUCGUGUACAUUUAUCAAUGAAAUACAUUAGGAAACAAAUAUAUUUGGUAUGCGAAAGUUAGUAAUUUGAGAACAAUCUUUAAAAUUGUUUUAUCACAAUCAUAAAAGUAUAUUAAUAUAGUAUGUUCAUGUUAAUGUCGCAAUGAUACCACAGCCUCAAAUAUAUGAAAAAUCCCAUUUUAUUUUAGAUAAUCUUGAUAAUUUAGAUAUUUAAAUAGUUUAUUCGAGUGUUAUUCUCGUGACUUCACUGCUGGAUUAAUUUGAGCAUACUUAGUAACGAUUAUUCAUAUAAAUAAAAUAUUUAAAUAAAUAAAUAUAGUAAUCUACACAUUUUGGUAACUACAAUUUAAGUCUUAAAAUUACAACCCACAGUUGAAUAAAAUCAAUAAUAUUAAAACUUGCCUAGUAUGUUUAAGUAAUAUAAAUAAAAAACACAAAAUUACAAGGUUUGAUCCAUGCGAUAGUACGCUUGUUCUAUGAAGCAUUUACUGUUAUUACUAAUUUGAAACCUCUUGAAACUAUUAUUAAUUCAAAAACUAAUACUGAUAAUCAUUUCUAAUACGUGUUUACGUACGAGCUGAAAACAAAAUCUCUGGUCUAAGACGAAAUACAGCAUGAGAUUCAAAAAAAAAAUUAAAAUAUAACUACAUACAUUUGAACUAAAAUAAAGUUCAAACGAACGUAUACAAAAGAUUUCUGUCGUAAAAAUGAUACACGCCGUUAAUGUGCCUCAAAACUUUUCCUUCGAUCAGAUGCCUCGCGUAAUUAACGGCUUCAACUCGAUCCCGAGCCAAUCCCACCUCUAUCAACCAAUCCACGAACCCUUCGCCAGAGAAUACGUUCUUGUAAAUCUUUAUUCGCC